CAUAAAAGCACCUCGACAACCCGACAACCCGUGGUCGCCCAAAAUGCCAAAAGAACGUAACUACAAUCCCGUGCAGGCUCAGCGCAAGGCUGAGAAGGCCAGAGCGAUUAAGAAAGGUGCCGUCGCGUCGGAAAACCGUGCCCGCGUUCUGAUGUUCCGGGCGCCAAUAUCCCAUUAUCCCAUGUACUGAAAUCAAACUAACUCAUCGGUUCGCAUAUAGGCAAGCUAGAGCAGCAAGCACGGAGGAACGAAAAGCUAGCCAAGCGCAACCCCGCCAGGAUACAGCAGCAGAUCGAUGACCUCAAGGCAAUAAAGGAGGGCGGAGGGAAGCUCACGGCCCACGAGGAGCGAGCUCUCGAGGCUCUCGAGAAAGAUCUGAAGGCGGUCCUUAAGGCAAGAGAAGCGCUGGGGGAUAAAGCACCGCAAUUCAGCCGUGGCCCGCCGAGGCAGGGACAGAGAGGUGACGGCGUCCUGGGAAAGAGGAGGCGCGAUGCUGAAGACGAAUCCAGCAGCGACAGCGACGUGCCCGAGGAUGUCAAGCGCAUACCGAUGCCGAGAGAUACGCCGCCCCCCAUUCCGAAGGAGAUCCUGGACGAAUGGUACGCCAAGCGCCGGGCGAAGAGAAACGCGGAGCGGGCGUCGGAAGCCGAACGGCAAGAAUCCGGGAAGCCCGCCGCGCCCGUCAUCGAGUCCAAGACGGUGUACGAGGCCAAACCGGUCGUCAGAGAUUUGCGCAAGGAAGCUGUGAGCGCCUUCAUGCCGACGGCCGUCAGGAUGAAGAUCGAGAAGAGCAAAGGGCGGGGAGGCCUGUUAGAACCAGAAGAAGCGGAUCGGCUGGAGAAAGAGGGCUACCUUCGGACCCGUGAACCGACACGACCGCAGACCGGGGAACCACAGGCCGGCCAAGAUGCCGGUCCCCGCGGCGUGACGAUGGAGGAGGUUGCAGACGAGCAAGGCUAGGCUAGCGGCGCCACGGGGCAAUUCUGUCAAAUUCGGGACUCGCAGACCCAAGGCGCAUCGGGCUGGGUUCGGUGGUAAGAUAUUCAUUCCGAGGACCCAGCCUUCUCAGCAAAUGAGCACGCUGAUGCUACGAGCGGUGGCGAAGGAUGACCGGUCCUCCUUUGCCGGGGCAAAUUAUACCAAGUACGCAGUACGGCGCCUCGACGUUGUCAGGUCCUUCUCGGGGCAAGCCGUAAUUAUCAGCAGUGCUUCUAGUUAGAAGAGCCAUGUCUGUUGCGUGCGGCAAAAACACUACAGCGGCGAACCCCGAUUGUUUCAUUGCCGCUUAGUGUAGGUCUGUGAGCUAGGGGACGAAGCGUUGCAGUUUACCCUGGUUUCAGAUUAGCACGUUUAAGGGGCAAGGAGCGCAUAUCGAGGGAGGGGGCCAUGCUUAGUAUUAGUAGGAUUUGCCAAGAAUGGAGAAAUAGCCAUCUGGAUUCACAAAGCGACUUCUGAUGGCCAAGUC